GUUCAGUGUUUGACAGAAAGCUCAAUAUGGAUUCCAUAUUUCAUGAGAAACAAGAGGGCUCUCUUUGCGCCCAACACUGUCUCAACAACCUCCUGCAGGGUGAGUAUUUCACUCCUGUGGAUCUCUCCUCCAUUGCGCAUCAGCUUGAUGAAGAGGAAAGAAUGAGGAUGGCUGAAGGGGGUAUGGCCAGCGAGGAGUAUAGGACCUUCUUACAGCAACCAUCUGGGAACAUGGAUGACAGCGGGUUCUUUUCAAUUCAAGUAAUUAGCAAUGCCCUGAGAGUGUGGGGUUUGGAGUUAAUCCUCUUCAAUAGCCGGGAGUACCAGAGCCUGAUGAUUAAUCCAAUAAAUGAGAACGCUUUUAUUUGCAACUACAAGGAGCACUGGUUUACAAUACGGAAACUUGGACAACAGUGGUUUAAUCUGAAUUCACUGUUGACUGGCCCAGAGUUGAUAUCAGACACCUAUCUAGCACUUUUCCUUGCACAGUUACAACAAGAAGGUUAUUCCAUAUUUGUAAUCCGAGGAAACCUCCCAGAGUGUGACGCACAGCAGAUUCUUGGGAUCAUGAGGGUGCAGCAGCAGCAGCGACCAAGGCUUAUUGGAGAGGAUGAAGCCCAGACAAGUGCAGGUAUGUCAGCAGCUCUGACCCAGACAGAGAUGGUCUUUGGUGUGGAGGAUGAGGUCGUUGAUGAAGAUGAAGAGCUGAAGAAAGCUCUGGCAAUCAGCAGACAGGACAUAGAUGUGGAAGAUGAAGAAGCUGAUCUUCGUAGGGCCAUACAGCUUAGCAUGCAAGGUGCAGUGAUGAGCAACAAGUCCUCAGAGUCUGAAAUGGGAAAUGUGAAGCCAGGGAGCCAGGCAGGGGGGAGUUCUGCAGGAGGACACAGAGCUGGCCACAAUGAGGCUCUCACAGCCGAGGAACUGCGGAAGAGAAGACAAGCCUAUUUUGAUCGGCAGCAGCAACAAGCUCGGCCGAACAUUCCUCAACCAGACACAAAGUCAUCAGACGGCUCAGGUAAGUACUUAUUAUACUACACAGUGCACAUUAUUUAUGAAUUUGAUCAAAAAUCCUCUCCUCUUUAAGGAUCAGUAAACACUGGCUCUGUAGAGGACCAACAACAAAAGCCCAGCCAGUGAAGGCGUGCAAGGUUUGCCCAUGUUGUUUACCACCUGCCAGGAUUGGAAACCCAAUACCGGGGUAGCUUUGCUCCUUCCUCUAACCUUUUGCACAUGCGAACAUAAGGACAGUCAGAAGGCUGACAUGUUUCCCCUGAUUAGUUCGCUGACCGCUUAUAGAGAAGAGAACAACGACAAAGAAAAGGCAUCAGUUAGUCCAAUCUAACUCGGUGAGACACUGACGCAGGGAAAAGGGUGACCACAGAACUCAUGAUGCAGUUAAUCCAAGUUUGCAAUUGCCUUUGUACCAUGUCGCCUUCUAUUUCUAUUGUACACUUUUUUAUUCUCUCUUUUUUUCUCUGCAAGAGACGGAAAGCAAUCUUCAGCAUACAAAGGGUGUGUUUACUUGUUUGGGGUGAAAACAUACAGAGAUGAUUGUUCUGUGACAGCCAUAAGAGACCAAUGUUGACCACAGAUGGAAGAUUGAUGGAUGAUGACAGAGCCCCUUACCUUUCCUUUGGACUUGCGUGUGUUGGACAUACGAUCCCAACACACGCCCCAACAGAACACUAGUGCAGUUUUGAAGUAAUUGCUUGUAGUGAAUAUCUUUUAGCCAGCAGCACUAAAAGAUGUGGGUCAUUAAAUCCUGACUCCAUGUUACUUGCAGAUGUCAAUGAGUGAACUUCCAAGGUAUUUAGACAGCAACAUAUUGUUGAUGUUGUGGCUUUGUGAUCACCUUAAGUGUAUUUGUAGGCAUAAGGAAAUGUAAGAUUUCACAUCUCACAAACAAUUAUUAACACACACACUAUUGUGAUGGACGCUGAAUAAAAUAAUUCUAUAGAACUAUUGGUUGAAUCUAAGAUGCUUUUGACUGAUGCAAAUGUUCCAUCUGUAAACAGCAUGAAACUGCAGCUGAUGGAUAAUAGUUGUUUUAUCAAGCUCAGUGUCAUCACUUAAAACCAAAAAGAGUCUGGCAUGACCAACCAGAGUGUUGAUCUGUUUCUCUCACCAGUAUUUGUCUUGAAGUGUAUAAGGAAUUUAUUAUAAAGAAAAGUUGUUAAAAUAAUCAUUCUCUCUUCUCUUACAUCCACAAACAGUCAAUAGUUUUACCCUGAAAUAUUUGUUUUCAUUGCACUGAUUUGACUGAUCCCAUAUUCCAUAAACACUUUGAGCAAUGAGUUGUGCUGUGGUUGCCGUGGUUGCCUUGGCUUGAAGCUGAUGACCUUCCAAAAUGACAGUCAAAUAGUCGGCAUGAAUAUAAGAUGGAACAAAACAUCACUUUUAAGAGUUUCUUUCUCUUUAUUCAUAAUUUUAUUUUAAAAAAAUAUGUUGCAAGACACACUGUUGACAAACAGGCUGCAUUACAGCAUUAAAACGGUUGAGUUUGUUUACAGUUUGGUUUUCUGGAAUCAACGACUUUUCAGCAUGAUAUCCGUCGUGCGAAGGUUUGCGUCAAGAAAAUUUCAUUCUCGUCUUCAUUUUCUUUGAAUCUGUUGGACUUUGUCUCUUUAAAAUGCACUUGCAAGAGAAUAUACAAUGUUGGUUGUUGGGUUUUUAUCGUUGCAUUAUUUUCACUAAUCAUCCUUUUUCUUAUAUUCCAUGUUAUCAUAGCUCAUUCUUUCAUUUCAAGUAUGAGUUAUUGUUCCAGGAUUAAAGUGACAUUCACUCCUCCUAAA